AUGCCUCAACCAGAUCGCCAGGCUCCCCUGCCUCAGCCGGCUCAUCCUUCUUUCAUGCUUCAACCAGAUCGCCUGGCACCCCUGCUUCCACUGGCUCGUCAGGCUCUCUUGCCUCAGCCGGUUCGUCAGGCUCUCUUGCCUCAGCCGGCUCGUCAGGUUCUCAUGCCUCAGCCGGCUCGUCAGGUUCUCAUGCCUCAGCCGGCUCGUCAGGUUCUCAUGCCUCAGCCGGCUCGUCAGGUUCUCAUGCCUCAGCCGGAUCGCCAGGCACCCCUGGUGACAGGUUCUCGAGCAUUAGCAGGGGUGACCGGUCCUCUCCUGAUCCCCGGGUUUGUCCCAUUUGACGGCGUCCUGCGGCUGGAGCCACGCGUCGGGGAGGGGGUCACGUUUACUCCCCCUCCGGCCUCUAGACGUCUACCUCUCCAUCCCCCAACACCCAUACCUCUCCACCCCCACCAUAUAGACGUCUACCUCUCCACCCCCACCACCCCUACCUCUCCACCCCCCCACCCCUACAUAGACUUCUACCUCUACACCCCCCACCAUAUAGACGUCUACCUCUCCACCCCCCACCACCCCUACCUCUCCACCCCCCACCAUAUAGACGUCUACCUCUCCACCCCCACCACCCCUACCUCUCCACCCCCCACCAUAUAG